CGUAUUUUUGACAGGGGGGCUGGCAGCGCGAGAAGAGGAAAAAGGGAGCGGAUGUUCCCGGGGUGGAGGACGCUCAGGAUGGUAUCGCCGGGUUUUUUUCCCCCCACGUAACCGCAGCAUGAUAAACGCCGCUGCUGGAGCGGUUGCCCGCAGGAUGCCGUCCGCCACCCGGCGGAGCGGCUGCUGGAUCGCGUGGUGUCACGCGGUUCUGUUCGGCGUGUCGGCGCUGGUUAUCGUAGCCGAGCGGAGCGCUCUGAUCUACUGCAUAGGGUUUUACCUUUGGAACGAGGAGACGCAGUGGGCUGGCCUCACACUCGGGCUCUUUCUUCCGGGGACAGCGGUUCAGCUGCUGAGUGUGAAGUGGUACUAUGAUGAUGGUGACGACAGGCGAUGCUAUCUCUCUGUCAUACACAUCCUACACCUGGGCAUCUUUAAAAGGCUCUGGGAUUGCAUGAAGUCUGUUCUGCGCAGGCAAGGCUCCGUGUCUGAACUUGGGGUUGUUGUCAUGCAGCAGGCAGAUGUUGCUGCUCUUUGGGUUCUAGAGGCUCUUGUCCUUACACUGCCUCAGAGCCUGCUGCAGGCAUACGUUGUAGUGUCCACCGACGUGGGCAUCACAUCGCCAGUGGCAUACUGCUGUGGCUUAUGCGUGCUGUCUGUUUCCUGGGCACUGGUGCUGUACAGCAGAGCGUGCUGUCUUAUACGACCUGGCCACUUGGCCAUGCCUCCUGCAGCCUUGCUGUGCCAGCUGGUGUGGAGGGCAGGCAUGCUGGGUGCCAGGGUGACCUGCCUCAUGUUUUUUGCGAGAGUCUUCCAUUGGUGGGUCUGCGGUGUUGCAGGUUUUCAUUGGCUCACGGCCUCCUUCUGGCUGGUGUCACAGCAACCAGAUAUCUGCACCGGUCCCUGGUGUUGGCGCGCCUUCAAUGGUGUCCUGGGACUUGUCCAUGUCUUCCUCUUCCUCAAUGUCAAGGAUGGACCUUCCCGCUACCGCAUGGCGAGCUUCUAUGCUUUCAUGUUAGUGGAGAACGCCACUUUGCUGCUGACCGCCUCUGACUUCCUAAGUGAAGCAUCAUGGGACAAUAUGACCCUUCCCACCUCUGUGCUGUGUUGCUUUCUUCUUGGUGCCACCUCCCUGGUCCUGUAUUACCGGUUCCUCCAUCCCAAAUCCACUGAGAUCUCCCAGGGUACAAGCCGGCACCACAUGGGGAGCACAUGCAUAGAACAAGGGGAGUCCUCCUUCUCUCUUGGAGACAAAAGCUUGCCCCCUCCUUCCAGCCAAACCCACGGCAGCUUUUCCCUUUCGGGUGUGGCUGGUUCUCUGCUUGAGCAUCCAGGAAACUGUGAAGGCCGGUCCAACAGCUCCUGUCCUUGCUACCACCACCACUGGCUCUUGAUCCGUCUGGCUCUGAAAACGGGAGAUCUUGGUAAAAUCAACCGGGCAUAUGGAGCUGGAGGAGCAGCGGCGAUCCUUGAUAUGGACGACAACAACCAGGAGUUUAAAAGCAACGAAGGCAUCACAAUUACAGCCGGGGGCAGCUGUGAGGCCGUCUCCACCUCUGAGUCUCAGGGGAAGGGCCUGGCACCCCUCUCAGACUGCAAAGAUGAGUUCCAGAGCAUAAGCGAACCCACAUCGACCGAACAUCCUGACGAAGAGGAGGACAGCCUGGAGAUGGAGAGCCCGAUGGAGUCUCCUGUAUCAGAUUUUAAACGCAGCUCACCUGAGGGCAAAUCCGUGUUUGGAGACAGUCCAGAGCCAUAUUUCUGCCCCACAGAGUCAAGUUCAACAUUAUACUUCAGUGCUGAUCCCCAGUCUCCCAGCAGCGCCAGUAACCCCCGUUUGGACCGGGAGACGGGGAGCCUCGAACUUGGAGGUCGCCUCAACUCCAUCCCUAGUGAUCCAGCGCUUCACAGGGAUGUGCGUGGACUCAUGGGACGUGUAGGACAGCGCUGCAUUUCAACUCCUAAAUUGGACUUGGGAGUGUUGGACUCUGCUUCCAGCAUCCCUCAUCUCACAGGUCCAAGGAGGCAGCUCAUCAUGUCUCGAAGGGAUGAGGAUGAUCACUUCUAGAUUUUUCUUGACGCAUCAGGGAGUAAGAAACAAAAACAUUAACCGAGCAGCAGUGUCAUCCUCUGCUCAGUAUAAGGAAACAGUGCCAGACCUCCACCUCAAAUAUGAAUAAAAAUGCAUUUAGCACAGUCUAAAUAUGCAUCUUAAUGCAUCGCUUUAGUGGAAUCCAAUACAUCCAAGACACAAAAAAAUGUAAUCAACAAGAGCUGCAGCUUAUCAAGCAGAAAAUUUAAGAGCUAACUGAUCACAAUUAUGAACACAAGUUUUGCUAUGCUACUUUUUAGCCGCAAGAAAAUCUCUAGAAACACACUGUGCAAAUGUUUGAACUGUGGUUCCUCUGGACUGUAGUUACAUAACUUCAAGGACGAUUUUUAUGCAAAACCUUUAUAGACAUAUGGUGUUUUGGUAUAUCAAAGCACAUGUUGAAGCUUCUGGUUCCAAACAUUACUGUAGUACCUGCUGCUAUGCUACAAUGGAGAACUUCUGAGAUGUAAGAGCAACUGGAGUUUCUCAUUUUUGAACUUUAAACCAACUAAAAUAAGCUUUUGGCUUCUAAAAAGCACAAAUAUCCUCUGUAUCAUUUGUCUGUUGCUGUGAUGCUGUGAUUUUUCAUCUGAAAAAAAAGAAAGGAAAGAAUUACAAAUUUUAACAAGCUGUAUUUUUUGUAUGAUAAAACUGACAGCUUUGCACAGGGCUUACAUUAUCCUGGAAAAACAGGUUUUUGUUGUAUUUACAUGUUGAUCAUGUAAUUGCUGGAGUACAUGUGAAAUUCUUUUUGGACAAAGAAUAUAAUGUUGUCUCUCAGGCACUAAUUUACAGAAGAUUUCAGAUUUUAUCUGUAAAAUGAAAUGACAAGAUGCUUAUGACAUAUUUGUAGUGAUUUUAUUGUGUGUUUUGAUUGUUGCUACCAAGACAAAAAACAAAACAAAACAAAAAAAACACAAAUCAUCUCUGCUGAGAAACAGUGGCUGAAAAAUGGAAAAAGUAGUGAAAUGAAGUUUAAUAUUUUUUGCAGCCAAAUUACUGCCUAUAAGACAUUUUGAACUGUGACGUUUGAAGCCACGGGGGGCUUUAAAUCAGCAAUAAAAAGCCUGUGUUACAUGUGGAAA